GGGCUAAGGGUCGCAAUGCAGUGCGGACCGGCCAGUCAUCAACUCUCCGCAACCGCUCUGCUGGGAAGUCCGGACGGGUCGCGGCAUCCGCUCGACGUCUGCGAAUUCACCGAAGACGACUAUCGUCAUCAGAAUUCGAACGGAAACGGCCAUUACCAGAACGGCAGGUCCGGCUCUGGUCUCUGGGAAUGUCUGAUAGGCUGCAGACGUCGCUUGGACCAGCACAUGGCUCGGAGACGGGUGGAACAAGGCUUGAAGCUGUAUCGCGCUCACAAACAGCAGGCUGCUGUUCGCAAAUGGAGGGGUGCAUUGAAGAACAUCAGGCAACGAGAGGAUAAGUUCGCUCUUCUCGGCUAUCUGUAUCAAGCCUAUAUGGAUUGGGGCAAGUAUAGAGAUAGCAUCGAUUUCGGGCACAAACAGUUGUGCAUUUCCGAGGAGUUGGAUUCGCCGAACAUGCGGGCAGAGGCGUACUUAAAUCUGGCAAGAGCGCACGAAAGAUUGGGCGCGCUCGAUAGGGCCUUGGAUUAUGCCAGACAUAGCUUGUACAAUGAAUGCGACCAGUGCGCGACUGCUGGAUUGGUUCAUCUGACCGUAGGCAGAGUUCACUUGGAAUUAGCAGGAUUUUGCAAAGCUUUGGAAGCUUUUCAGAGAGCUCACAAAAUUGCUCACUCGAUUCAGGACCCGUCGUUGGAAUUACAGGUAUACGUGGGAUUGUCGGAGCUGUUCUGCAGAUUACACGACGCCGACAAGAGCGCCAGGUACGCGGCUAGAGCGUACGAUCUAUCGAGAAGCUUGCAGCUAGGCGACUUAAACUCCCGACAUCAUAGGGCGGCUCUGCUUCAAAUGGCAGCGGCGCUUCGAAAAAAAGGAGAACUCGGCGACGCCCACGAUUACUGUUCGGAGGCAACGCGAUUGUCCCUUGUUUCUGGAGAUCAGGCUAGCUACGCCAGAAGUAUACGAAUAAUGGGAGAUAUUUAUAGAAAGAAAUCCGACAUAAAUAAAGCAUUCCGACAGUACGAGAGCGCGAUGGGUUCCGCGGCAGCGACCGGAGAUCGACUCUGUCAAAUGGAAGCUAUGGACGGUGCCGCGAGGUGUCUCGAGGCUCUUCGACUGCAACACAAAAUAUGCAACUGUCGUCCACUCGAAUUCAACACCAGGCUGCUCGAAGUAGCUGGGUCGGUCGGUGCGAAGUUCCUUGUAAGAACCGUGAGAUCGAGGCUCUCGCGAAUUUACGGUUCUCUCGGAGACGAAGAGCAGAAGGCUCAUCACGAGAGAUUAGCCACGGCGAUGGAAGAAGAUUUAGAAUUGCGAUGCGGUGGCUGCAACGAGCCUUUCGGCCUCGAAGCCGAUUCCUUGGAAGCGCUGCCUUGCUCUCAUAUACUGCAUGCCAGGUGUGCGUACGAUAUCUUGAAGAGACGCGACAAAAAGAAGAAACGUCUGUGCCCCGACUGUCACAAGUCCGUUAGUUCACGAUUGUACCUGCAUUGCGAAGAUCCUCACGGCAUGAAUACUUUGAAUCACAGUUCCUUGAGUCUGGCGUCGUUAAGAGCCAGCAGUCUAGCCACGUUGGACGACUGUCACGUCACUAGCAGCGUUUAAACCUGGCGAUACCUUCAUUGCAUCUACUUACUUAAGUACUUGCGAUUUCGUUCUCGAGCUCGAUAACGCGCGCGCUCUUCGAUAACGUUCGUUGUUCGCCGAUAACGUUUCGCACGAGUGCAAACGCAGGCGCACACGCACGCGCAAAUGCAAGCGCGCCCACUCCUAUAUCCCGAGUCCGAAGGUGCAUAUGAGCAUACACGUUACCCUAUUAUAUUUCAAAUUUUCCGGGUAUACGGAGUAUCGAGCUUGCACAGUCUGCCAAUUAAGCGAUUAGACUUAAUGUUCUUUAACGCGUGGAUCAUCGUUCAACGUUUAAAUUAGGAUGAAGAAAUUUAAAGAAUAUUAGCACGAUUCAAAAAGACUUGAUGGCAAUAAAAAUGCACAUUCAAUUCA